GCCUCAGUCAGCCAACAGCCAAGUAAAAGCAAAGCAGUGGAGCACUUUGCCACGACCCUGUGUGGCAUGUGGCAGUUGUAAACGCAUCGUGUGCAAGUCAAGUUGUUAGCAGCGGUUAACGUGUGAAUUUAAAGUAAAGAAAAAAAUAAACGACAACGCGGUGUAGAAGUGAAUUUGAAGUAGAGAGCGUGUGUGAAUAGAAGAAGUCUUGAAAGUUUAUCAGUAAAAAUUUAACAAAAAAAAUAAUAAUAUUUAAUGAAUGCAAUUGAUUGUUGCUGUGUUGUGUGUGAGAAAAGUAAUUAUUGAACAAACGCUUCAAUGAGCUACUGAUAGACGAGUGCGUGAAUGUGUAAAAGUCAGUCACACGCUAAGUUAAACGCUGCUGGCUGAUAAGCUACACAUGUAUAUGUGUAUGUAUGUAUGUAUAUAUGGCUACAGAGCAAGCCACUGAAGUAUCGAGCGGAAGCGUAAAUAUUUAGAAAAUAUACAAAGAAAACAUUUGCUAUAAGAAAAUUGUGCAAAAGGUCAACGAAAGUUCACCAAAAGCAACCGGCAACGCCUUGACGCUCGACGAAGUGAACAGAGAAUUGACGCUAUUUUGUGACAGUUACGCCUGCAAUAAGCGCGAAGGGGUGUUGAGAGUGGCAGUGCAAAAGUGUUGCGCGGAAGUGACAAUUAUACAGUAAAAAGAAGAAGAGGUGGAAGCUAAAGUGACAUUUGUGAACGUUUAAGAAGACACUUGAGUGUUGGUAGGCUCAUAAGAACUUUUAUGAUCCCAGACUAGUGCUAUAAAAAGUGGUGUAAAGUGGUGGAGCGCCUCUGAAAAAGGUGAGAUAUUGCAAAAAAAGCAUAGAACAAAAACCGGAAUUCUAUGCACACACUUUAGCCUUUUUAUAUAUGUUUCUAAUGCGUUGAACAUUUGACCGCGCGCAGAAGAACGCUUGCGAAAGAAAAGGCAUUUUUAAAAGCUCAGACGCCACUAAAAGAUGCAAAAAUUACUGUUGCGUCCAAAGCGCCUCCCAACGCGCACAUUUUAAUUAGCAACUAACUACUAACAACCCACCGCGCGUUUCAGCGCCCCUCUAAUGCACAAUAAAGAAGUGUUUUACAACACGUUCAUUUUCCCGAACUUUUGAAACGCUAUGCUGCCUAGUUUAUUUUAUAAUAUAGCUGUCAAUAAAUUAAGCUUAAGCUUAGCGCUUGCAAUUAACUUGUUAUUGUUGUUGUAAAGUGCUUUAAAAUGUAUGCAAGUUUGUAGAUGAACUAAACGAAUUCACCGCGCGCGCGGCCUAUGAAGACAUUUAAACUCGUCAACGUUACUUAGCUCAUCAUCAGCUCCUAAACUAAUACUGUUAUUGCAUCUAAAAAGGUAGAGCCUUGAAAGCGCUGGUAAAGCAAAUUGUGUAAAAAUUCACAGUAAAGAUUCUAACAGCGCAAAGUCCUAAGCGCGCGCUUACCAUUUACUGUUCUUCAAUAAAGCGCGUUAUUUACCUUUUUAACUGCUCCGAGCAACGGUUGUUAUAAUUGUUGUACUUGCGCUAUUGUAAAGUAAAUUAAAUGCAAUUUUCACGCAUUCUUUGUUGACAUUAGCUACGCCAACAUUGCCAUUCAACAAAGCGUAAUUGGCAAACUGUGUGUAUGUUUUGGGUUUGUUUUUGUUGUAGUGUUUCUUUUUGUUGUUGUUGUCAUAAUGUGUUUACAUGUGGCAUAUAAAUGUGAUUGGCUGGAAAUUGAUUUAUGUCAAAACACAACGCGUACAAAGGAAAUCAAAAUAAGCCAGUGAGCGAGCGCCAGAGGAUUGGCGAAAACCAAAGUCCAAAAUCAAAAAUAAUUGAAAUUGAAUUAAAUCCUGCGAAUGAAACGACAAGCAAACAAAACAAAUUGAAAUGAAAGAAAAUUAUAUUUUUGAAAAUCAAUCAGCAAAUCCAAUUGUAUUGUUGAUGAAAGUGAGCAGUUAGACCAACCAACAAAACAGUGAAGAAAUAAAAAAAGUUGCAAGAAAAAAAAAAAACAACAAAUAAAUAAAUAAACAGGCUUACCGCUCAAUACCAAGUGUCGUUUUGAUUUGCGCGGCGUGAAAAUAAUUGCCUAUUUACUCGAAGGCGCAGCUCCCUUGGCUACCGACACCAAAAGAAGCGCAAAUAAACACGACAACAUACCUGUCAACGUUUUGCAGCUGUCAACUUUUAUGGGAGUGUAUAAUUGCAAAGUGGAAAAUUCUGCGGAAAAGUGUAGAAAAAACAGCAAAAAAACAACAAAUAUUUUCUUUCAAAGCACAAAUAAUUAAAUGUUAAAUAGGCAAACAGGUGUACGGUAGAAGGGGCGUAAAUAAAAUUUCUCAUUCGCACGAGCCAUAACCGUUAUUAAUACUACAAAAAAAUAGAUAAAUAAAUAAAAAUUAAAAACUCGAAAAAAAAACAAACAACAGAAGCUAAACACUAUAGUAAAUUUCCCAGCUAACUCGACUAUUUAUAAGACAGCAAACGCCUGACCAGCAGUCAACUUAACAAAUUAAAAGCGUUUCCGGCUUCAAUUCCUAUUUAAUCAUUAUUAAGUACAUAAUUGGAAAUUCUUCUGACGCAGAAAACAAAUAUCAAGCUUUGGUUCCCAACAUGCCACAAAAAGUAAAUCAACACUGAAAUAAAAGCGAUCGUUUAAACAUUGCUGAAAGAAAACAACAAAGAAAAAACUAAAAAAAAUGAGCCAACAACACGCACGAAGUGAUCGCUUCCGUAGCAAACACAAGCACAAAACCAACAAAAUGGCCACCCAAGCAGCGUGCACAAGUCCAGUGAGAUGGCAAAACGAAACAAUUGCUGCAAAACUGACAGCGAACACACUAAAUUGCAAUCCAAACCACCGAAACCGACAACAGCAACAACAUAGAUUAACAAAAGCAAGCGCGUCUCGCUCAUCUUCCAUACUCCUCCUCCUAUUCACAGUUACGCUGCUAAGUUUACUUACGCAUACGAGCGCCUUCUGCCCAUCCAAGUGCCAGUGCAUCAGUGGCGAUGCCAAUAGUCGGGCAUAUUGCGUGGACGCAGCGCUCGAAGAUGUGCCCAUACAAUUAAAUCCCGAAACCAAGUACAUCAAUUUGACACAAAACAAAAUACGCAAUCUGGAAUUUACGUUGCCCUUCUACAUGAAGUUGGAAGUACUUGAUCUCUCACAGAAUAUCAUCGAAACGCUUGGUUCGAAGAAUUUCGAAUAUCAACGGGAUAUGCGUACGUUGAAUUUGAGUCGGAAUUCGGUGAGCGCAUUGCAGAAGGACGCCUUCAAGGGGUUGAGUAAUUUAUUGGUGCUCGAUUUGAGUUACAAUCGCAUUGAGGUGGCGCAUCCCAGUGCAAUGAGCAAUCUGACGUCGCUGAUAAAACUCGAUUUGACUAAUAAUAAUAUAGUCAGCUUGGAGGAUAACUGUUUUCGCAAUAUGAUCUCAUUGGAGAUUUUAAUAUUCAAAAACAAUCAGCUGCUGGAUGUGCCAUCGAAUAAUUUGCAGCAUUUGCAUGCCCUCAAGUCGCUAGAUUUAUCUGAUAAUCUGGUGGAAUAUGUGCGCAACGAUAGCUUUGAAGGGCUGCGCGAGUUGUUGGUGCUGACGCUGAGAGGCAAUGUGAUCUCUGAGUUGGAUUUGAGCGCCUUCGAGGGGUUAACUACGCUUAAACAUCUGAAUUUGGCCGAUAACAAUUUGACGAUGGUGCCUACACAGCAAAUCUCGAAGUUAUCCAAUCUCACAUACUUGUCGUUAAGCGGCAAUCGUUUCAGCCAGUUACCCGCCGUAGCUUUCCUGAAUCUAUUCCAUUUACGUGAAUUACGUUUGAAUCGUUUGGACCGACUCAAUCGCAUUGAUUCAAGGUAA